ACCAUAUAUAUCACCCAGCUCAUCGUCGUGGACACCAGCUCUCUUUUCCAUUGCUGAAUUAGCCAGUCAAGUAGUCGAUCACCCGCUCAAGAAGAUUGAUCGGUAUAGUUCACCAUGAGGAAGGUGUGCCCUAACCUAGAUCGGGAAGACGCCCUGGACACCGUGCUCGAGGUUCCAGUCCCGGAGCUCCACCACGAGCCCUGGGGCCGCAGCCGGCGCCGGCGCCGGCGCCGAACGGUCACGGCGUGGGUGCGCUCACAUAUGGAGCAGCUUCACAAGCGCGAAGGUGCGCCGCCUUCCCGGGCGGACGUGCAGCUCAUGCUCGGCGUGAUCGGCGCGCCACUAGUGCCGCAGCCCGUGGAGGCGAGGAAAGCCAUUUCCGGACAAGUCAUCAAGGAAGAGCCCCUUGAGGUGUCCAAGGCGAAGUACAUCGUGGAGCAGUACGUCGCGGCGGCUGGAGGCGAGCCGGCGCUUAGCGCGGCGACGAGCAUGUACGCGAUGGGGAAGGUGCGGAUGAGGACAACCAAGGGGCCGAAGGCCAAGACCGGAAUGGGCGUUGUCAAUGGCGGCGAGGUUGCCGGCGGUUUUGUGGUGUGGCAGAAGAGGCCAGAGCUGUGGUGCGUGGAGAUGGUGGUGGCCUGCGGCACCAAGAUGAGCGCCGGCAGCGACGGCAAGGUCGCCUGGCGUCAGACGCCCUGGCAGCAAGCUCACGCCUCCCGUGGCCCCCCAAGACCUCUCCGCCGAUGCGUUCAGGGUCUGGACCCAAAGUCGACGGCGGACCUCUUCUCCAGGGCCGCGUGGGUCGGCGAGAAAUGCAUAGACGGCGACGACUGCUUCGUGCUCCGCGUCAACGCCGACCCCUCGGCUCUGCACGCCCGGAGCAGCGCCGACGUCGAGGUCGUCCGGCACGCUGUCCUGGGCUAUUUUAGCCAGAGGACGGGGCUGCUGGUCCUCCUCGAGGACAGCCAUCUUCUGCGCAUCCGCGUGCACGGCGAGGCGGCCGAGAGCGUAUACUGGGAGACCUCCAUGGAGUCGUCCAUCGGCGACUACCGCACCGUCGACAGCAUUAACAUCGCACACGCCGGCCGCACCGUCGUCUCGCUGUCCCGGUUCGGUGAGGAGGAUGCAGACGCCGACGCGCGCAGUAAGAGGACGUGCACGUGCAUGGAGGAGACGUGGAGCAUCGAGGAGAUCGACUUCAACAUCGUGGGUCUGUCCACGGAAUGCUUCUUGCCUCCGAGAGAUAUGGUACCCUGCGAUUCUAAACAUGUACAGAAGGAUCGGGUCGUCGAUCACAGCAGCAAGAAGGACGGCGCUGCCGUUUCUGCUAAGGGUACAGUUGGUACUUGCGAUCCAGCACUUGAGGUCAAGGGCAAGAACAGCGGCAGCGGAGCUCGUCCGGCGGCUGCGAGAAAGGUGCUUGUUCCGGCCGCGACAGGGCUUGGCUGGUUCGGUCCGGCGAAAGUUGUGGCGGUGGAAAUGGUCGACACCAACGAGUAACUCGGCGGUCGGCACGGCAAGAUAACACGAAGUCAUAGUUCCGGUGGCGUGUGUUGCGGCGCCCCGUCUGCUAGCGAGAAGACGUGUAUAGUUUUAUUAUAUGUGUUUAAGUGCCAGUGGUGUAUAUUGGAUCUUUUGUUCUGCAUGGUAGAAGACCAGCUGGCAGCUGCGAACCCCAUAGACUUUUUCUCCAUUGGAGUUUGCUUAUUUUGCAUAGUUGAAAGAAUUUAUUCACCAUGUUUCCCUUUUGGA